AUGCAGCUAAUUUCACUCUUUGCGGGUGUCUUAUCGGUUUCUUGUACGGCAGUGGCGUCGCCGCACUCCCAGCCUUUCAGUGAGCUGCUACGCCAGAGACACAGCACUACAAGCGGCAGCCUUGAGGUAGACCUUGGUUAUGAGAUAUACCGGGGCGUCAGCAACUCGAGUACUGGUAUCAACACAUGGAAAGGUAUUCGUUUCGCUGCACCUCCGACAGGUAAACUCCGCUGGCAACUACCACAUACCCCAGCUGUGAAUCGCACCAGAACCAUACAAGCCGACACCUAUGGAUCUGAGUGUAAACAAGUCGCCGCUGGUGGGUCGCCCGCAACGUUUCAGCUUGCACCAGGCUCUGAAGACUGUCUUUUCUUGAAUGUCCAAAGCCCAGCCAAUGCGACCAAUCUUCCUGUCUUGGUAUGGAUUCAUGGCGGCGGUUACGGAUUGGGGAGCGGUCAGCAAGAUUUUACCGAUAUCCUCACCACCAACGGAUUGAACUUUGUCGUCGUGUCUAUCCAGUAUAGGCUUGGUCCUUUUGGAUUCCUGGCCUCGGAUGAAGUAGCCCGGAAAGGUGUUGUCAAUGCUGGAUUGCAUGACCAGUAUCUUGCGCUACAAUGGAUUCAGGCGUAUAUAUCGCAAUUUGGCGGAGAUCCCUCAGCUGUGACCAUUUCAGGCGAAAGCUCCGGUGGUGGCUCCGUUAUGCUACACGACAUGGCAUAUGGUGGGCACGACAAAAACUCGCUAUUCCACAACAUCAUCGCUGCCUCGCCGUAUUUGCCAAAACAGCACGCAUAUAAUGCUUCGAUACCGACAAAGAGCUACUAUGCAUUUGCGGAGCGCGCGGGAUGCCCGGUAGACGAAUGCGAAGAUGCGAAUUCCACGGUUUUUGAGUGCCUUCUCUCAAAGGACACCGCAACAUUGCAGAACGCUUCAACUCAAGUUGGAGCUGCCGGAGCUGCUGGCCAAUGGACCUUCCUUCCCGUUACCGACGGAUCAUUUGUGCAAAGUACACCGAGUAAGCAGCUGCUUGAAAAGCGUGUGAAUGGGCGAACCGCCUUGGUUGGAAAUGCUGCCGACGAAGGGCCGUUGUUUGUACCGCAAAAUAUCACCUCUCAAGACCAAUUUAUGUCGUGGCUUCGAGGCACCCUACCCGGUUUUUCGGACUCGGAUAUUGCCGAAGUCCUGGCUUGGUACCCUAUCAAAAACAAUACGGAGUCACCCAAUGCGGUCAAAUUCGCAACCACCGGUCUCUCAGGACCCAGUGCACUUGACCAAAGCUCGGUCGCUGUGGGGCAACAACAACGAGCAAACAAUCUUUAUGCAGAGUUAACCUUCAUCUGUCCCUCAUACUGGAUCGCUGCAGCAUACUCCGGCGGCGGUCGUACAUCGUACCAAUAUCAAUACAGCGCCUUGCCAGCCACACAUGCCAUAGAUGUGGCCGGCUACCUUGGCCCACUUGGAAAAGUGCCAUUCCUCAGUGUCGACUUCCAACGCGCCUUCAUGACGAUUUGGGGCAACUUCAUUACGAAAGGCAAUCCCUCGAUCCCAGCCUCUGUUGCUGCCGGCUCAAAUGCAACAGCCAAAGUUAGAGCAGCAACCCAGUGGCCUGUUUACACCGUCCCACAACCGUAUCUCGUCAACCUUAAUCAGACUGGUGGUCAGCUGAUUCAAGACCCGAGUCGAACGAUAGCGCCGGUCAAUUUAACGUAUGCUAUGGGACCCGGACUUGUAAAUGAGUUUACCCUGGGAAAUGCGUAUAAUUGGGAAAAUGGACGAGGUGCUCGAUGUGACUUUUGGAGGAGUGUGGCUAAUAUCAUCCCUGCAUAAUUACCGGGUUUGGAGUAGACAUCUACCAUAUGUACAUCAUGGUUGGAGAAUACGUCGGCUGAUUUUCAAUACAACAGGUGGGGUUUUUUAUUACGUCGCCAAACUAAGAAAAAAAAAUCCGAGUUCGUCUUC